GUUUAAUAGCACAAUGGCUUCUGGAUUCGGUUAUGAUGGCAGCCGUGGACGUUGCUUCCAGUUCUGGCAGGAAUUCAACAAAUGCUAUGCCAAUGCUGAUUUCCCCCAACAGUGUAUUUCCCAGCGCGACGAUUACCUCGAAUGUCUUCAUCACACCAAGGAGUUUGCUCGUGCAACUCGCAUCAAGACUGAGGAAUUGAAGCAAGCUGAGAAGCGCUUGCAGGCCAAGAAGGCCAGCAGUGCCGCUGCAGACUCAAACUUGCCCCGAUUGAACAUUAUCAAUGAUAAUGUACAGAAACCCGUAGAGGCAAAGGCAUAAACAAGCUCCUUUCACUUUAAAUAAAUCCAACCUGUUCAGUAACCACAACGAGUAUUUUGAUUACAAUACCAAAAAAAAAUGGAUUGUAUUUGUUUUUAUAUGGGAAUAUAUUUAUAUCGACACAUCUAUAGUACAAAAAUGAUAAGCGAACAUAGUCAUAUUCUUAUAUUUAAUAUAUAUAUAUAUAUAUAUAUAUAUAUAUAUAUAUAUAUGAUGUGUAGCAUAAAUCAUAGAGUGCUUUCGUUUUGGCCGUUGGUUUUUCUUUUCACCACUUU